AUGGCUAUCCAGCUUUCAGAGACCGACAAGGUGCGCAUCGCGACAGAGACGGCAGAAAGUUUCAUCGAUUCCUUCUACACAGCUCUAAACAGCGCCCGCAACACUCUCAAGGACUUCUACAUCCCACACAUCGAAGGCGCCACACCGGGACGAACUCUUCCACACAUCGCCUACAAUGGCGACCUGAGCACAGACGGCGCUGAAUUCCAGCGAAAAUUCGAGGAAAUGCCAUACACAUACUACGAAGCUCAGUCCGUCAAUGCCCACAUUCUGAACCCCUGCAUCGAUCCAAACGGAGGCAGGACUCAGAAGGAAGCCGAGCGCAAUUUGAGCAUCACUAUUCAGGUCAGCGGUUAUGUGCGGUUGAUCGAGCGUAAGGAUGGCCCGAUGCGCGGUUUCUCGGACCAGAUCGUACUGGUGCCGAAUAAGGAGGAAGUUGGAGGGAGGGGAAAUGGGAAGACGGGUCAGGGACGGCAGUUCUUGAUUCAGGUGCAGAACUUCAGAUAUGUGGUUUGA